AUGAAAUCCAAGAAAAAGCUUGGUUUCAUGGACCUGCAUGAUAUCGGCAUAUGCAAUGCAUGGCCAUGCCAAAGAGGCAAUUCAAGUUUCAGAGAGAUGGAGGGGAUGGGAGUGAGGGCAAAUGGGAUCGCAUUUCUUGGGUUGUUGCAUGCUUGUAGCCAUGCAGUGCUCGUACAAGAAGGCCAUCAGUAUUUCACAGCUAUGGUAGAGGACUAUGGGAUUGUACCAGAUGUCAAGCACUAUGGAUGCAUGAUCGACAUAUUAGGUAGAGCUGGCUUAUUAGAGGAAACCGAGAAUAUGUUAGAAAGAGAGAACUCAUUAUUAAAAGGUAAUGUGGUGGUUUGGAAGACUUUACUUGGAGCUUGUUGUUUUCAUGGUGCAGUCGGUUUGGCGGAGCAUGUUAUGGAGAGGAUGGCGGAGCUAGAGAGAGAGUUUGGAGGGGACUAUGUGCUUCUCUCUAAUAUUUAUGCAGGGGUUAGGAGAUGGAGUGAUGCUGAGAGAGUGAGGAGGUCUAUAGAAGAGGGGAAUCUCAUGAAAACUCUUAGUUCGAGUAAUUUGCUUUGA